UCUCCGCGGCGCGGUCGUUCAGCUCCCCUCCGCCCAUCUCCAGCGUUUCCGUCGUCACAUCCCUCCUGUCCGCGGGGGGAAUGUCGGCUGUGCGCGUGUUAAAAAUAACCCCAUCGUCGCCUCUUCUGGUUGACACUCCUCCCGGGGUCACUCGAAUCAUUCGGUGGUUUCACUUGGCUUGCAGCAGGAACAUGCGAAGAUGGCCACGGAUCUGGGAGAGCUGUUGGUACCGUUCAUGCCCACCAUACGGGUGCCGAGGUCGGGAGACAGGGUGUACAAGAGCGAGUGCGCCUUUUCAUACGACUCUCCGGAGUCAGAAGGUGGGUUGUAUGUGUGUAUGAACACAUUCCUGGGUUUUGGAAGAGAACACGUGGAGAGACAUUACCGUAAAACUGGACAGAGUGUGUACAUGCACUUAAAACGUCAUGUGAAGGAGAAACCCACAGGUGCUGCUGGGGGUGCCUUGCCAAGAAGACGGAACGGAAAAGUAUUCUUAGAUUUAGAACUUAACCGUGACUUUAACGGGGAUGAUUAUGAAUUUGAAGAUGAAGCCAAGCUUGUCAUAUUCCCAGACCACUAUGAGAUCCCUUUACCAAAUAUCGAGGAGUUGCCUGCCCUGGUUACAAUUGCUUGUGAUGCUGUACUCAAUGCUGCAUCUGCAUACAAAAAGCAAGAGCAAGAUUCAUGGGAAGAGGAGCUUCAAGUGUCCAAGCAUGCCAGAAGUCUCAGACAACAAGAGAACACGGUUCGGAUUCCUCCCAGUGGCUGGAAGUGUGCCAAGUGUGAAAUGCGAGAGAACCUGUGGCUGAACCUUACAGAUGGCUCUGUCCUCUGUGGGAAAUGGUUCUUCGAUGGAAGCGGAGGGAACGGUCAUGCCCUCGAACACUACAAAGAAACCAAAUUUCCACUAGCAGUCAAGCUCGACACCAUCACCCCAGAUGGAGCAGAUGUUUACUCUUUUGAUGAAGAAGAGGCAGUACUUGACCCCCUCAUAGCAGAACACUUGACACACUUUGGAAUAGACAUGCUAAAGAUGCAAAGGACAGAAAAUGGCCACCACACAGACAACCACGUACAGCCUCGAGCCACUGAGUGGGAGGUGAUUCAGGAAUCUGGCUUUAAGCUGAAGGCAGUGUAUGGGUCAGGGUACACAGGCAUCAGAAACCUGGGAAACAGCUGCUACCUCAGCACCACUAUGCAAGUGCUCUUCAGCAUCCCUGAGUUCCAGAGAGCAUACGUCGGAAAUCUACAGAGAAUUUUCGACUACUCACCCCUUGAUCCAACCCAAGAUUUCAGCACACAAAUGGCAAAACUGGGUCAUGGGUUACUGUCAGGCCAGUAUUCCAAACCACCAGUCAAAUCAGAACUCAUUGAACAGGUGAUGAAAGAAGAUUACAAGCAACAAAACAGAGGUAUUUCUCCCAGAAUGUUCAAGGCUCUAAUCAGCAAGGGUCACCCAGAGUUCUCCUCAAACAGACAGCAGGAUGCCCAAGAAUUCUUUUUGCAUUUUGUUAAUCUGGUUGAGAGGAAUAGCGCUGGCACAGAGAACCCCAGUGAUGUGUUUCGCUUCAUUGUGGAGGAGCGUGUUCAGUGCUGCCAGUCGCAGAAAGUGCGAUAUACACAAAGAGUGGACUACCUUAUGCAGCUUCCUGUGCCCAUAGAGGCCGCCAUCAACAGAGAAGAAAUAAUGGCAUAUGCGGCGAAGCGCAAGGAUGCAGAAGAAAACAUGCAUACUCCUCCGGAUCCAGUGAGGGCCCGCGUUCCCUUCACUGCCUGUCUACAAGCCUUUAAUGAACCCGAAAAUGUUCUGGACUUCUGGAGCUCGGCGCUACAGGCCAAGUCGGCUGGAGUGAAGACUUCUCGGUUUGGAACUUUUCCUGACUACAUGGUUGUACAGCUCAAAAAGUUCACAUUUGGAGUGGACUGGGUUCCAAAAAAGUUAGAUGUUUCUGUAGAAAUGCCUGACUUUAUGGACUUAAAUCGGCUUCGGGCUACAGGAUUACAAGCAGGUGAAGAAGAGCUUCCUGACUUUACGCCUCCUAUUGUCAUUCCUGAGGACACAAGGGACAGCUCAGUGAAUAAUUCUUUGGAAUCUCCGGAAAUAGACGAGGCCUCUGUGAUGCAGUUGGCAGAAAUGGGCUUCCCUCUGGAGGCCUGCCGGAAGGCCGUGUACUACACUGGGAACAUGGGAGCUGAAAUGGCCUUUAAUUGGAUCAUUGCUCAUAUGGAGGAGCCAGACUUUGCAGAGCCCCUUGCAAUUCCAUCAUACAUGGAAGCAGAUCUCCCCAGUGCCAGCUUUCCUACUGCCAGCCCUCUGGACAACCAGCCUCCUGAGGAAAGCAUCUCUAUUCUCACCUCCAUGGGUUUCCCCAGACAUCACACUGUACGAGCCCUAAAGGCAACGAAUAACAACCUGGAGCGGGCAUUAGAUUGGAUAUUUACUCACCCAGAGAGCGAGGAAGACAGUGAGGCCAUGUCCGACAUGGCCGACACAGAGCCCAAUGAUACCAGUUUCUCAAAUGCUAACACGCAUAGUGACUCCACGCUGUCCCCGGAGCAAGAAAUGUCUAGUCCACGUGUUCGAGAUGGCCCUGGACGGUAUGAACUCUUUGCCUUCAUAAGUCACAUGGGAACAUCAACAAUGUCUGGCCAUUAUGUAUGUCAUAUCAAAAAGGAAGGAAGAUGGGUCAUUUACAAUGAUAAUAGAGUAUGCUUGUCAGAAAGGCCUCCGAAAGACUUGGGGUACAUUUACUUUUACCGGCGCCUGCCUAGCUGCUAGAUUUGGACCUUAGAGAAUAUAGCUGCACUGCCUUCUGAAAGGCACAGAAGAGGAGGAGGAUAUUUCUGACACUGCUGAAAACCUGGGAGGUGUUCACAUUAUAGAGAAGGAAAGAAUUCACCAAGAAUUCACCGCAAACCCUGCAAACAGACCUGCAAAGAAAAGGCUCACCCAGUGCAGGCAUGGUCCCAUGGAGGAAAUGAAUGUGUUUAAUCAUCUGUUCAUUUGUUUAUUGUUGAUUUGUUCUGCUGAGUAUGUCCUGUACUGGAGACACGGAGCGAUGUAUGCCAUUUAAAAUAUGCAGAUUAAUGUUCAAAUAUGUAUUCACACACAAAUUUCUGUUCUCGUUAAAUGCCUUGAGCUUUUAUGCCAGUAUUUUUCAAGCGAUUGCUACUUAAUGAAAAGGCAAACAGGAUUUUUUGUUACUGCCAGCCCUGAUUUAUACAAAGUUUGGUUUGUGUUGUUGAAAUUACAUUUUGGUUGCGCACUGGAACACGUCACUGUGUUAAAGAUAUUUGGAGGUUCACUGAACUUUUAAAAGUGGAAAUUUAGGUGGCAUAAAUAUUAUGCACAAAAACGCACAAACUGUUAAAGUAUUGGGUGUAAAAAUAAAAAAUCUAAUUUAAAUGCACCUAUGUGCAGGAUAAAUUUUGCUUUUUUAAGGAUUAAUUAUGCACUGUUACAGUAUCUUUAUAUAUAAAUAUAUAUCCCCCAAUUUGUAUUCUAUCUUGAAAAACAGCACAAUAAAAAUACAAUAACUACAAGAUGAUGUAGUUUACACUUUACACUUUUGCUUAGUGUUACAAGACAAGAAAGAUGUACCAAUGAUUAGAUUAAUGCAAUAAUUAAGUGCUUAAUACUCAUUGCCUUGUUCGGGUUCUUUGACUACAGCAGGUCACAGAAUCACCAUAGUGUUGUUCAUCUCAUUUUAUUCUCAAAUAUAGUUACAGACCAUUUGUAUCCAAUAAGUAAGCUAUAUAUAUAUAGAUAGCUAUAGAUCUAGAUCUAGAUCUGUAUAUAUACAGUGACCAGUGGAUUCAACUUUCUAUCAUCAUAUGCAGUGUCUUGUGUCAAACUUGGAUCUCGUGUUCUUUUUUUUUUCUUGUCAGAUCCUUGGGUGAUAUAACUGGAAUGUACUCUCUAUGGUGCUCAAUAAUACAACAUUUCUCACAUUUGUUAAUGUUUUCAUGAUUUUCCCCUUGCAAAGUUUCUCACAGAAUUCACAAUUUCUACCCAAUCUACCCAUACAUUUAUUCCUCUCAGAAAUUUAUACCAGAUAUUCUUGACAUGCACAGUUUUCAUAUAGGACUUUUUGUUACCCUCUUUCUCGUUUUUCUACUUGGAUCCUAACAGUUAAGCCAAACAAUAUAUGCUGUAUGUCUCCAGUCUGCCUUUUUCUUUUCAGAGUGUGAAAGGUGAUGCUUCGGACACCUCCUUCUUAAGCAGGCCUUCAGGUUAUCAGCUUGUGCACUACAAUCCAAAAUGUGUUAGCCAUUCGAUAUUUUGAAAUGUAUAGUAAAUCUUAUGUGGUUCAUCUACUGCUUCAUGUUUUUCAAGGAACUGAAUGUCAAGUGGUACAAAGUUUUUGCUUUGUUUUGUUUUUUUCUUCUUUUUGCAAAAUGAUGCCAAAUGCCAACCCUAUGGUUAUGCAAAUGUACACAACCUUCUUUUGUAAUGGAUCUUCCUAUACAAAUACUGCUUAGAACAAAACAUUACAAGGGCAAAUGUGUUCAUGAGAACUGUCUUUUUAAUAGCGUUUACUGACUGGACUAUUAAAUAAACCAAAAUCUCACAAGU